AGACUCCUCCUUCGCCAUGUUUCGGGCUGUAAAACAUCCUGCUGAUUUUUAAAAGGACACUGAGCGGGAGGAAGUCUACUGGCGCCAUCUUGACUCUUUUCAUGAGUACAACAGGAAGAGACAAUCGCUGGGAGUAAUUGCAUAAUCAUUGAUAUUUAUUUUUGAAAAGAGGGGGGUACAAUCGGUGCUCUUACCCCCGGUUCUUCAAGAGCUAGCAACCAACCGGGGCAAUGUUCUACGCCCAUUUUGUCCUGUCCAAACGUGGGCCCCUGGCCAAGAUCUGGCUAGCGGCCCACUGGGACAAGAAGCUGACCAAGGCUCAUGUGUUUGAAUGUAACCUAGAGAGCAGUGUGGAGAGCAUUAUCUGCCCCAAGGUGAAGAUGGCACUGAGGACCUCUGGUCACCUCCUGCUCGGUGUGGUGAGGAUCUACAACAGGAAGGCCAAGUACCUCCUGGCUGACUGUAAUGAAGCCUUCAUCAAGAUCAAGAUGGCUUUCAGACCAGGUGUGGUGGAUCUGCCAGAGGAGAACAGAGAGGCUGCCUACAACGCUAUCACCCUGCCGGAGGAUUUCCACGACUUUGACCAACCCUUACCUGACCUUGACGACAUAGACGUCGCCCAGCAGUUCACCCUGAACCAGAGCAGAGUGGAGGAGAUCACCAUGAGGGAGGAGGUGGGCAACCUCAGCCUCAUGCAGGACAAUGACUUUGCUGACUUUGGCAUGGAUGACCGUGAGAUGAUGAGGGUAGAGGGAGGCUUUGAAGAGGACAUCAUCCAUGGAGCGACAGCCUCAAAUCUGCUGCUGGAGGCGGAGCCUGGGCCUGCUCACCUGCCGGACAAGACCAACCACCUGGAGUACGACGACUUUGGAGACACCAUGGAGAACAACGAAGGAGGAAUGCUGGUGGAUAAACUACUGUCCCAGGAGGAUGGGGGUGGUAUCUUUGACGACCCUCCAGCCAUCACAGAGAGCGUGAUUCCCCCAGACCAUGGAGACGAUGAGGACGACUUCGACAACCUGCAGUCACCGGGUCCAGACAGUCCCGACUCCGGCCCAGUCGAGCCCCUGCCGGCCAUGCAGGACCAGACGGAACAGACCACUCUGGUCCACAAUGAGGAGGAGGCUUUUGCCUUGGAGCCUAUUGACAUCACUGGUGAGCAGCUCUACUCUGUCAGAAUAGUGUAGAGACACAACCAACAA